GGCACAGCAAUGCAUGCAACCAGCUGGGACUGAUGAGUCUCUUUUCUCAGCAAUAAUAAAAUCAAGCUAUUACAAAGAACAACAAAAUGUAACUGUGUAUACACAUCACUCCAGUGUAAUUUGCAUGUUCAAACAAAGUUGCUUUAAUGCAAACAAUGUAUGGAAGAAUGCUAAUACAAAACUUAGCAAUACAUCAGAAUGUACAUUAAUGUGUCAUCUUCAGUUUUUAUGGUGUGUCAUCUUGUGUUAUAAAUGUACAACUAUUAUUUCAAAUUAUAAACCAUAAAUCUAACAUGAUAAGGUCAUUCAUGAAUGAAAAUGGGUCAUUGUUUUGCAAUAUGAUUAUUCAUUACCUAGACAUAAAAUAUUAAUGUAAAACUCAUCAUAUUUUGUAGAAAAGUAAUUCUAAAAUAACACACACUAUAAAUCACUAGACAGGAAAUGUAGCAUGAUUGUAAAUACACAGACAAUAUGAAGGAUGGGGAACAUGAAACUUUCACAUUAAGUUUUAAUGUGCAUCCAAGGAUAUUGGGAUGGAAAAAAAUGAGAUUUCAUUUGCCCACCUUUCUUAUUCACUGGCAUUCUUAAUAUUAAUCUUCAGUCUGGCACUGGCUGUUAGGGGCAAAAGAUGUCUAAAACUGUGUUUUUAACAGCCUGGUGAAGUACAGAACUGGAAGAGUUAAGUUCCUAGCAGCCAAGUAGAAUGCAAAUGUAUGUGCAAGUAGCUCCAGUUGAUUGGAAUGUAUCAGAAUACCAAUGUAUCCAAACAGGAAGAAAACAGCAGGCAGGGUUACAUUUGUAAAUACAAUUUACUAGAUCUGGGUUUCUGCCACCUUAGGAAAAAAAUAUAAAAAUAAUGCCAUCUGAUUAUUAUACAGCUCCAGAAAGAGGUUUCAGAGAUACAUUGCACAUAGGAUGACUUUUAAUGUUCAGUUCAUUAGCUGAAAUAUCCAGCCUUUAUUCCCCUCCUGAGUGGCAAGUUAUUUGCAUAUCAUCCAGAAGCACCUCUCCAGAUUGUCAGUCUCUGUGGACAGAACCCCCUCCAGAUCCACGGGCUGUUUGUAGCAUGUCCAGAUGAACUGUCUCCAGAGUCCAGUUUGUUUACAGUACUUCCCUGAACAAUGCCAGUCUAUGUGGGCAAGAUUUCCUGUAGAUUCCCAGUACAUUGGUAGAGUGCCCUGCAGCCCCUUCUACAGAGUGCCAAUCUGCACAGAGCUCCCUCCAGAUUGCCAGCCUAUGUAGGAAGUACUUCCUCCUGAGUAACAGUCUAUUUGUAGGGUCCAGCUGUACCUCCUGCAGAGUGCCUGUCUGCACAGAGCUCCCUCCAGAUUGCCAGCCUAUGUAGGAAGCACUACCUCCAGAGUAGGGUCCUGCUGUACUUCCUGCACAGUGCCAGUCUGCACAGAGCUCCCUCCAGAGUAACAGUCUAUUUGUAGGGUCCAGCUGUACCUCCUGCAGGGUGCCAGUCUGCUCAGGACUCCCUCCAGGCUGCCAGUAUGUGGGCAGCACUCCCUCCUGAGUAACAGUCUAUUUGUAGGGUCCAGCUGUACCUCCUGCAGGGUGUCAGUCUGCACAGAGCUCCCUCCAAAUUGCCAGCCUAUGUGGGCAGCACUCCCCCCCUCCCCAGAGUAGGGUCCUGCUGUACUUCCUGCACAGUGCCAGUCUGCACAGAGCUCCCUCCAGAGUAACAGUCUAUUUGUAGGGUCCAGCUGUACCUCCUGCAGGGUGCCAGUCUGCUCAGGACUCCCUCCAGGCUGCCAGUAUGUGGGCAGCACUCCCUCCUGAGUAACAGUCUAUUUGUAGGGUCCAGCUGUACCUCCUGCAGGGUGCCAGUCUGCUCAGGACUCCCUCCAGACUGCCAGUAUGUGGGCAGCACUCCCUCCAGAGUAGCAGUCUAUUUGUAAGGUCCAGCUGUACCUCCUGCAGGGUGUCAGUCUACUCAGUGCACAGCCUGCCAGCCUGUCUGAGCAGUAUUUAGAUGCAUUUCCUGCACCCUCUCUCCCCCCCAGUGCCAAGCAGCAUGCAGUGUGCCAGGCUAUGCACCCAUGCAGCAUCCCAUGAGCUGAAUCCAGUGCAGUUGGUCUGUGUGUGUGUGAGAGCCUGCAGUGGCAGGGUGUUAGUGUGUGGGUCUCCUCCUGUCCCCUGUCUCCAUGCCAGGUGAGUGGGUGCUGCCUGGUUAUUGCUGGCAGAGCUCAGACACUCAGCCAGGAUGAGGAGGAGUAGGAGGGAGUCAUGGCAGGUGCAGAGCCUGCACUCACUCUGCCCAGGCAGCUGGUCCAGGCGGCCCCGUGACGUCACCCGGCUCCUGUCACAUGACACGAGCAAGAUGGCGGCGCCCAUUGCCAUGCAGGAUUUGUGAGUCUCGCCCAGGGUGUUGCUGAGAGCUCCCGGCUGGGAACAGACCGCCAGUGUCUCUGUGGCUGUGGGUGUGGAGCACGGUGAGUGCUGUAAGGGGGGUUUAUAAUACCAGGUACCCCAGAUAAUACAGGUAAAGGCUGUGUGUCAAGGUCAUGUGCAGCCUGGCUGUGUAAAUAGGACCCUCUCACCCCCCACAUUUAUAAAUAACCUCUCCAGUUAUCGCCGGCUGCGAUAUCAGAUAUGUAAAUCGGUAUCAACAUCGGCUGGAGAGUCACCAUGGUUAUAUUAGGCUUGUAGAGAGCAGCAGACACCUGGAGUGGCCAAGGUUAGAGAUUAUUCCUUUCUGUUGGUGGGUGGGUGGUUGUGGAGAUGAGAUGAGUUGACAGAUUUGCCAUAUUUUACUGGAAACAUACACCUAAUGAACUCUGGAAGUGUACUCAACAUGGAAAUUUUGUUUUCUACAAUUUGUAAUUCUCAAAGUAAUAUUCAGCAUUGCACCCUGCGCCUCAUGGCAACGGCACGGUCACCCUAAAAAGAAAUUAGUAUCUUUAAUUAAAUUGAAAUCUUGUGAAGUACUCACAUAGACUGCGUUGAAAUUUCACUGAAAUUCCAGCACAGUCAAAAGGUUUACUAAGACAAAGUAGAGAUUACCGUUGUCAAGUUUUUUUUUUUAAAGUUUUCUCCUGCCAUUACUAAAGAAAAAGACUGUUAUGGAGGAUCCCUUGGUGUCUUGGCUUCUUUCAUAGACAUCAGUGUUGUACUCUCGCAUAUGUGCAAGAGUAUAACCCUCACCUGGGUUCCUCCCAGCUGAAGCGCCAGAGCUGAAGAGCACUGGCAGGAAGACCGUGGCGUGCCUGUGAGGGACAGGUUCAGAUUAGUAAAACUGAACAAACAGAACAAAGGAUACAGGUUGCGCCAAAAUAAAAAAUAAUAAUUUCUGUUUAAUAAAAGUAAUAUUUUUAGACUACCUAUUUGCCUGGGUCAGUCUUUUUAUUUCUUCAUUGUAAUUGUAUUCAUACCUGGCACAUAUCAUCUGACACAUCAGGCUCAUCAUCCAAAGAAUCCUAGGUGGGAAUUGUUCCACCCAUGCCUGAAACAUAGAGCGGUCCGUGUGCUCUUUAACCCCUUAAGGGCCGCGGACGUAUGAGGUACGUCCGACAAAAAACGGUCCUUAAUGACCACGGACGUGAGUCAUACGUACGCGGUAAAUUUGAGCGCUGGAAGUUGCUCUGUGGGUAUUGAACGAUGUCGAGGCAUCGUACGAUACCCCGCCCCCUCCCCCACACUGCCGGGCACUCGAGUGAUCGCUCCCCCUGGUGCGAUCACUUGAGGGUUGCCGUCCGUGGUGCCUGGCAGUGUAGGCAAGAGCAUCAGAAGCCUUGAGGCAGGCUUCCGAUGCUCUGCCUGUACUGAGGGCCAUGAGGGGUCGAGGCAUUAAGUUAAAAUAAAAAAAUUAUUUAAACAAAAAACACCCACACCUGAAACAUAGAGAGGUCUGUCUGCUCUUUAAAUUGUAAGUAUAUUUUUUUCUGUUAUUCAAACUUACAUAUAUGGAGAGCACUAUGGACCUUCUCCUCUUCUUUUAUUGUAUAUGACCUACACUGCAACUACCGUCAGAGGGAUAUCCUACAAGUGGGGAGUUUAAUACCACUGUACGCUGUUUUACCGAGAGCUGGUUAUAGCUCUAUAAGAUGUGAGUUGGCAAAUUUUAUCUCAGUGUCUACAGUCCAUAGACUUACAAUAUUGCACUAUUGGUUUCCUAUUUUUCUUUUGCAUAUGCUGCUGAUGUUUGCAGUCAUACCAUAGAUGUCUAUUGAACACUUAAAGACCUUUAUGACCCCAAAAUACUUUUUAUCUCUUAUAUUUGGUACUUUUGUAUUGUAUAAUUCAUAUAUUUUUAGUGCUAUUAUAGUUAUUUGUUGGUUUUAUUUGGCGCAACCUGUAUCCUUUGUUCUGUUGGUUCAGUUUUCUCCUGAAGGGUUUGAGGGUUACCCAUUUUCAGGUGUGCAGUCCCAUUGAGAUCAGUUAUUGUAGCGCUGUUCCACCCUUGCUCUUUUUUGUCCUCAGAUUAGGAAAAACUCACCUGCACUACGCAACCGCUGGACACCUAACUGAGCAGUCACCAUGAGGUGUAUUUGCAAAUUAUACAAAGACCCCAGACUGUGACAGAGCCACUUUAAUGACGUCUACAAAAUUUAUAUUAAGUUUUCUUCUAAAACAUUUAUAUUCUUCAAACUGCAGGACAGUACUUUUCUUCUCUUUCACUUCCAUGUAAGUGAUGUGUUCGAGUCCACAGGGUCAAUCUGGCAUCUCUAGGGCUUAACCGGAUCUUACCGGACUGAUGACACUUUAGCCCUUUCAUUUGCUAUGUGUAACAAGUUAUGCACUUAGAUAUUAAAAAGAUAAAUGAAGGACGUUAAAGCGAUACUCCAGUCCCCUAAAACACAUUAGCUCACCGAAAUGCUUUAUGUGUGAAGAGUGUGUCCCCUUAUUUUUCUUCAUUUUACAAAAAGUGGAGAUUUCAAUAGAAAUUGGCACUUUAAUAAAUCAACAUUGUUACACUAAACUGGCUUUCAAGCAGACAACUGCUUCUGUUACUUCCUGGUUUGGUUAGCUCAGUGGAGCCUCACUCAAGAGACAGGCAAUUGCCCAGAACACCUACCUUGCAAAGACUUCUCAUUGAGCAUGCAUGUUUUCAUUUAGGAUGUAACUUCUACACAUUUAAUUCUAAUACAUUACAUAAUUCUAUUACAUUAUUAAUUCUAAUACAUUACAUAAUUAAUUCUAAUACAUUACAUAAUUAAUUCUAAUACAUUACAUAAUUAAUUCUAAUACAUUACAUAAUUAAUUCUAAUACAUUACAUUAUUAAUUCUAAUACAUUGUAUUUGGGCAGUGGAGUGUUCCUUUAUCCCUUUAAGUAUUUCACACCUCCCCUAAAACCCUACUACUCAAGCACAAACUCACACGUUAGCCAUGGCAUCAUUAGGGUUGAUAUCACCACCUAACCCAUAAUCCUCCUCCCAUACCAAACUAUAUGAGAUCCGUAGUUGUCCAGUGGUAACCUCUAGUGAUCGGCACUUUCCCUGGGCAUAUUCUAAUUCCCUCCUUCUAAAGAAAAACCUUUAGGUUGCCAGUUUACCAAUGGCUUAGCCAAUUCUCCGCUAUGUGUGUAUUGUUCUUGCAAUAUUACCAUAUAACCAUAAUGCCAGAUCUGUUGCAGCUUUAUUUAGUAACAGGACCUUGGUAUGUAUUUAUGUAUUGUUUUCAGUGCCUUAAAAUGACUGCUGGUACCUUUGGGGGUAUUUAGGGUGCAGUGGCCUGGGGGUGCAGCUGUGGUGAGUUCUGCUUCCUUAAGCUGUCCCCACCACCUUUUCUUCAGCUGCUGGCGCCCGAUUCACCAGGAGCCCACAUCGCUAUCUCCACAUUUUGUCGAGGUAGGAUUUUUACCAUUAGACAAAGUAGUCCCUACUUCUUCCUAUGAUAUAUUUUGACUGCAUUGGAAUUUCAAUGAAAUUCCAACACAAUCAUUAUGAAGUGCUUAAUUUAUUUCUCUGGUGACAAAGCUGCUUUAAAAUGCAUAUGUGUAACAAUAAUGUUUUUGCAGGAGUACAACAUGUCUGAAAAAGAUCCUUUUGAUGUGCAUUUGUCAAGAAAGAAAGACCAACAGAUGUUAAAAGUAGACAUUGAGGCAUUUUUAAUGGAACGGUUUAACCGCCUCCCUGAGAAUGACCGGUGAGUUAUGAAUAUGGUUUACAUCCAAUGUUUGUGGUCUUCAAGCCAGUCAGUCUAUUCAAAGCAGGGUUUUACCGGAGAUAUUUUAGGCAGGUUUCUAGAAAGCCUUACCUGUAGAAGGUGUAACCGAACAAACCGAUUACAUUAACCACAUAAAGGUGCUAUGGUAUCAAGUGACAUUUAUGAAGAACAAUUGGAAAACUAGUAUAAUGUUGUUGUUGUUUUUUUUUUUUUUAACAGUUUGAGUACAUUUUGUAAUGCUUAAAUAGUAUGCAUCCCUCGGUCCAAGUUAUCAAGUAAAAGGAAUUCUGGUGUAGAUUCAGGGAUUUCAGUACAAUAUCCCCUGAUGUAUUGAAUUAAACGCCUAGAUAUGUCAGUCUAACUACCUCCCAUCCUGUCUCCAUCCCUUAAAGGGACACUAGUCACCAAAACAACUUUAGCUUAAAGAAGCAGUUGUGGUGUAUAGAUCAUGCCCCUGCAGUCUAACUGCUCAAUUCUCUGCCAUUUAUGCGUUAAAUCACUUUGUUUAUACAGCCCUAGUCAUACCUCCCUGCUUGUGACUUCCACAGUCUCCCCUCCAGUAAAGUAAGAGCUAACGUUUACACUCCCUUUAUUCCAAAUUCUGUUUAAUUUAGAAUUUCUUAUCUCCGGCACUGUUAAUAGCUUGCUAGACAUUGUAGAAGCAGGAGAUAAAAACAUCUGAAAUAAGUUAGCCUCUAAUUGAAAAUGAAACCAUUUUUUAUGCAGUCACAGCCUGGGGAGGUCUGCAUAAACAGAAACAAAAGUUAUUUAACUCCUAAAUGUAAGAGAAUUGAGCAGUGAGAAUUCAGAGGCAUGAUUUAAGCACAAAAACAGCAGCAUUAGGCUAAAGUUGUUAUGGUGACUAGUGUCAUUUUAAAGUAAUGUGCAUAGCACCUCUUGAAUGCAAUCUGUGAUCCUCAUUCAUCUCACUGUAGUGGCUAACUUGUGACAUCUGCCGUAUACCACAAGGUGAACGGCUUUUUACAAUGAAAUGUUAGAAACUUUGCAUUUAUGUGUUUCAAAAAGUCAUAACAGUUUUGUUUUAAAGAGAAGUAAGAUUUUUCUGUAGUGAUUCAUAUACUUCUCAAGUCUGAAAAUAUAUAUUUUUUAGCAGAAUAUUCCUUUUAAUGUACGUUUACACUCAGAUCAUUUUAUUCUGUUGACCCGUUUCUCAGGAAGAUGUUUAUAUAUGGAUCUGUCUUCCUUGGCAUAAAUGGGGCUUUUUCUGGACUGAUAGCCAACAGCUUAUUCCGGAACAUUCUGCACGUUACACAGGCCCGAUUUCUAUCAAGUCUACCAAUGGCUGUUCUUCCCUUUCUGACUACAGUGGCUACCUAUGGUGGCCUGGUAUCUAAGCCUCUGCUUCAGGGUAUGUACCUUGCAUUCUGAACUUAUAGAAAUACAUUUAAUUGGUCAAUUGUAUGUUCAUAAUGAGGCUGUAUUUGGUGGAAUCCUCAGUAUAUUGCAGGAGAGCUAAAAAAACAAGACAUUAAUAAAUAUAUAACUAUCAAAAAUUAGUAACUUUUACAGGUAAUGCAAGAAAUAGUGCAAAAAGUUAUGCUACAUUUAAUUUAUAUUUAGCCACUUUAAAAAAUUUUUUUAAAAAAUUGAACAUUGCAGUAAAAGCAGAAUAAUCCCAGAAUGAGGCACAUUUUAACCAUGCAUCUUUAGAUAUUAAUAACAGGGCUUAAAAUGUAAAUCGUACGCUACUAGCCAGGCCUUAAACAUUACAGAUUACUGCAAGCCUGAAGGGUUUGUGACAAAGUCACAAGGGCUAAAUUGUAUUUAUCAAUGACUAUAGGAGAAACUUUAAACCCUGAUAGUAAUUUAUUUUCUAUUCGGUGUUGCAAUAGUUCAGCCCUUUACUACAAUUUGGUGAUUUAUUGUAUUAUGAAAUAAAGUGGGAUUAUAACUUGGUCCCCCAUAUACAUUUGACAAGUAGUCUCUCAACCAUUACCACAAUAAGCAUCAAUCACCAUGCUGAUCACUGUGUGUGUUCGCCAUUCGGUGAUUGUAAACUAAGUUAACCCGGCACGUCCCCUGCACUGGUGAGCUCCUACAUGGUAGUAUGGAUUAAAGUCAAAUAACAUGUCUGUGAACAGUAAUAACAACCAAUAUGUCUGUUUUACUGUAGGCAGGGAAAAAAAGACAUAUAUGUUAAAAUGGAAGUUUGAUUUCACUUUGAUAUUGCAUAUUAUAGAACAGGUCUAAAGAGACCAAGAUAAAAUUAAGUGUAGAGUGAGACGGAUGCUUGAUAAUGUGCUUCCAACAUUGACUUUUCCUAUUUUAUUAGUUUUUUCAAUUUAUCACAUGUAGGUAAUUGUUGUAUAUUUUCCUUUAAUCUGGUUGAAAUUCAUAUUUGUUAAAAGAACACUCCACUGCCCAAAUGGGCAGGAAAAAAUAUCACUGUUUAGUAGAUAUAGCCCUAAUUAAUACACAUUUAUUUGGAGUAUAUCUUUAAAGAGCUUGCAAAGGCUGCAGAUCUUAUGAACUUUCAGUCUCUUCACAGGAAAAUAACCAAUCAGUGCUUUCAGUCUCUUCACAGGAAAGUAACCAAUCAGUGGCCUCUGAAUUGAUGCGCACGUGUACGCUCUGAGGUUUGUAGGAAAAGGUCUGAGGUGGAGAUAACAGGCAUGCUCAAGUAAAGCGUGACUACCACUUUUUUUUUUUUUUUAGCUUAGGGGAGCUAAUGGAAAAAAAGCUGCAACCGCCCAGGCUGUCUGAUUGACAGCCAGGGGGGUGUUUCCUAGUUAAUUUAUAAAAGGGAUGAUUUCUAUGGCACAUUUAUAAACUGGGGUUAAACUAGGAUACUCCUCACCCAUAACGUACUCUAGCAAGCUGAGGUGUUUUGGGGGUAAAUAGGCAAAUUAUACAUUUUGUUUGUGAUUCACAACAGAAUUACUGAAUUUAACUUAGGCACCAAAUGGUACUAAUUGAUAUAUGCUUACUCAAAUGAUUUUUCUUUGGGAAGUAUGAGAAUUGCAAAAUUUUACCUAAACUGUAUGUUAACCCUGCACUUUCGCCAUGUUUCUCCUGUACCCAGGUGACCUGAAUUGUUCUCUGUGCACUAUGGUUAGAGGUGGGCUGAUCGGAUCUGUUGCAGGUGCUCUAUAUCCAAUACUCUUGGCCUUACCUGUUAAUGGGGGACUAGCUGCACGGUAAGCUCAUCUCCCUGUAUAUGUAUUUAGUCAACAUAAUCUGUGUAGAACCAUGUUGUUGGAGGGACAUACAAUGUUCUUAUAUGAAACAGAUAUAUGAAUAGCCUAAUUGUCAUGAUUAGCAUGCCUUGCAUUAAUGUUUAUUCCACACUGAGCUAGUGAGAUACAUCUUCCCAUCUCACCCAUUAUUAGUUUCUAUUGCUUGGGAGGUAGUCCCAAUUUACCUAGUAGUGAGAGCAGGACCUCUUUUGUAGGAUAUUAUACUCUAUUAUUCAGUGGCGGCUCUAGACUUUAUGAGGCCUUAGGCGAAACUCAAACAAGAGGCCCCCCCACUAAUACUCAUAGUAAAAAACAUAUAGGGGUUGCAUCGUGUGUAUAAUGAGCUGUUGUUAUAUUGAAUGACAGGCUUGCGGUGCUGGAUACAGAGAGCUAGUCUCUGUAUUCAGUGUUGGGGUGAGUGUGGCACGGUUUAAGGAGAAAGUGUGACAGGGCCAGGGGAGGUGAGAGUGACAGGAUGAGGGAGGGUUAUGUGACAGGGUGAGUGUGGCAUGGCUUGGCAGGAUGAGUAACAGGAUAGAAGUUAAUGUGAUAGGGUGAAGGGGGAUGAGUUUGACAGAGUUGGGGUUAUGUGUUGCACGGCUGGAGGAGGAAGUGUGACAAGGCGAGGGAAAGUGAGUCGGACAGGAUUAUGUGACAGGGUGAGUGUGGCAUGGUUGGGCACAAGUGAAAGGGUUAAUGUGAAAGGGUUGGGGGUGAGUGUGACAGUAUGAGAGAAGAUGAGUUUGAUAGGGUGAGUGUGGAAGAGCGAGGGCUGGUAAUUGUGGUAUGGAUGGAGGGGUGAGAGCGACAAGAUUAGGAGAGGUUAAUGUGAGCGAGGCUGGGUGAAGAAGGCAUGACAGCAUGUGGGGGGUGACAGUAUGUGUGUGGAAUUGUGACGGUGGGUAGGUGAGAGUGUGGGAGGAAGUGUUGGAAACAGUGAGAGUGUGUGCAGGAGCAGUAUGUGGGAGGGGUGACUGUAUGUAUUGGUGACAUAGUGUUGGGGGCUGACAAAAUGGGGUGCAAGUAUGUGAAAGGGUAACAGGGUGAGGGAGCAGUGUGGAGGAAUGUGACAGUUUCGGGGGCAGGGUGUGAGUGGGUGAUAGUGAGGAGGAUGGUGACAGUGUGGGGGGACAGGGUGUGUUACAGUGUGGGAGGGCAGUGAGGGUGGGAAGGCAGUGAGGGUGGGAAGGCAGUGUUGGGGCAGUGAGGGUGGGAGGGCAGUGUUGGGGCAGUGAGGGUGGGUGGGCAGUGUUGGGCAGUGAGGGUGGGAGGGCAGUGUUGGGGCAGUGGGGGUGGGAGAGCAGUGUAUGUGGGUGGGCAGUGAGGGUGGGUGGGCAGUGAUGGUGGGGGGCAGUGAAGGGGCAGUGAGGGUGGGUGGGCAGUGAUGGGGCAGUGAGGGUGGGUCGGCAGUGAGGGUGGGUGGGCAGUGAUAUGGACAGUGUGUGUGGAGGCUGUGACAAGCCUCCACACAUUGAAAUACCUUUUUCUUGAAAUAGAAGUCCCUGGUGGUCCAGUGGCAGCAGUCCCUGGUGGUCCGGUGGGAUGACUUCCGUCUGCAGCUCCGCGAGAGCUGCAGACUUCUUUCUCGCGAGCGCCUGUCAGAGCGCUCUGUGUGCUCACGAGAAGCACAUUAUGUGAUCUGCAGCUCUGCACUCAGCGGAGCUGCAGAUCAGCGGCUGGCUCACCGUGUGGAGGGGCCACCCGGCGGCAUACUGGGCAAGCCGCCGGGCCCCCUCUCACUGUCGGGUCCUCGGUCAUUGACCGAGGACCCGACAGUUCAGUCUGCCCCAAGGCGAUUUAGGCGGCCGCGAGGCCCCACACAGCGCGAGGCCUUAGGCGGCCGCCUAAAUCGCCUAAUUAGAGAGCCGCCUCUGCUAUUAUUGAACAAAGUUGAUAGACAAUAACAUCAUAGUGCAGCACCUUCUGUCUGUUAUAGUGCAACAAGAUAAGGUAGAUAAAGCAAUCUGUUUUUUUUAGUUGGCAGGGGCUCUUGGUACCUAGAUCACCAGAUAAAGUGUCACACAGGAUGCCUGGUUGCUACUGCAUUAUCUAUUAGACCAGUAUCAAAAAAGUUAGAUUUGUAUUAAAAUUCCCAGUUUCUAUUUUUGAGUAUUUACAAGAAGUUUUUAUUUCAGUAAAAAAGCAUGAUUUAGGCAAAUUGUAACGGUUAUGGUGAAAUAACCCAGUCUCGACUCUCACCUCGUGAAAGCCUUUCUAUAUUCUCACAGUAUCUGACACAUAAGUAGCACAAAGCACACACAUGACGCUAAGUUGGGGAGGGAAUGCUCACAGUUCUCCCUAGAAGGGUAUGGAAGGAUGGUUUGUUGUUACAGAAGUUGUUAUAGAAAAUAGUCGAUAUCCCUUUCCAUGUCUGCAGUUUGGAUCACUAUUGGCCCCCAUUGUUAAGGCAGGAAGGGCUUUGGCCACACAUUAGGAUAUAUGUGUAGUCUGUAAUAGUAGUUUGCAGUGUCCUUGUAUAUUCAGAUGUCUGGUCACAGCUAAGGACCGUUUACUGAACAUGGGAAUUAUGCUUCAUACUGCAGUCAUUUUUCUAGCACCAAAGAUGAGCAGAUUACGUGAAAAACGGACUAAUAAAUAUAUAUAUAUAUAUAUAUAUAUUUGUUUUUGUCACACCUAAUGUACAUUUGGAAAAUAUUUGUUGAUUCACAAACAUUUUGAAAGAAAACUGGAAGGCAGGUAAGGGACACCAUAUGCAUUACCAUUUCUGCAAACAACGUGCAGUAGUUGGGUAUUAUUUAACAGCAAUGUAUAUUUACCUUGUAGUUUAAUUUUACAAGAUUGCAGUAGAUGUAUGCAUUAUUACACGUUUACUAACCAUCCUAAUUAGAACCUUUUCUUUUAGUGCAUAUGUAACAUGUUCACAAAAAAGGUUUAUUAAACCCAAAUGAAUCAUUCUCUGUUGUAGCUUUUUGUACAUAUUAUGUUUCUAUUUUUGCAGUUAUCAGACUUCACCCCUGCCGACUGAGGGGAAUGUUAUUCGUUUCUGGACAACCAUUUCAAAGCCAGUGCUGAGAAAAAUGAGCUUUGUCUUAAUUCUCCAAGGCAUGUUCGGUCUGUAUAUCAGUUCACGACAUUUUGCAAUAUAUGAAAAAAUGCUUCGUCUUCCCGCAGUAGACAUGGAAGCUGACACAGUCCUGCAAUAAGUUGUUUUGUUGUUGCAUAUCAGUGAGUGUGCUUGACUGCAUUUAUUUUUAAUAAACAAUCAUAAAACAGUAUCUGUGAAAAGUACAUUUUAUUGUCUGUAAAUAAAAUUUACUAAACGUGCUGUUUACAACUAGUGCUUACUGCUACAAAAAAAAAAAAACUACAGCCUAUUGUAGUGAUUAUGGUGCUGCAAAACAGAGCCGACAAAGUUUCCUUUUAUUUGGGUUAAUUUACAGUGGUGUAAAUCCAGCACAGUACUGUGAUCCUGGAGAAGAUUGACAGCCUCCAUGAGCUGUGAGUGUGUACAGUUCAGCUGCACCCUGAAUUGGAUCAGUGCGGUCAGUAUGCACUCACAGCAACACUCUGCUAUAUAUGAUCCACUACUGGAUUUAUGUAGAUAAUGUUAAACUUUCUGCUUGUCUGUAACUUGCUGAAAUUAACUACUGUAAUUCUAACCCAUUCAAAAAGGUAUACUGAGACAUAGUGACUACUUUGUCUCAGUAUUUCCCCUACAGCUGACUCUACGAGAUACUGGGUGGAGCUACGUGUCAAUUUCCCAGCCAGCAGUGAUGUAGGAGAUAUACAUACAUAUAUAUAGUGGAGGGUCAAACAGCGAUGUCUACAUAGGGGGUAUUUGUAAGUUAUGUAAAGUCCCCAGACGGUGACCGUUCACUUUUACAUACAAGGCAAUAAUAGACAAACUGAAAGAAUAGCUGAAAGAGCAUUUUUCUAGUUUGUUGCUCUACAACGCUAAAACACUUUGUGCCAUGGUUUAACAUUGAGAUUUAAAGGGGCAAUAUAAUAACCAGAACAACAACUUAAUGUGAUUGUUCUAGUGUAUACUGACCGUCCCUGUAGGCUUUUUAAUGCUAACACUGCAUUUUCAGAGAAAAGGCAGUAUUUACAUUACUGCCUAGAAGCACUUCUAGCGGCAGUCACAGUCCACUAGAGGUGCUUCCUGGGUCCAUGUUGCACAAUGUGCCAAUCUGCCGCCAAGCGUCUCCACACUUUUGUACAAUGCUAUUAAUCGAAGUGUAGGAAGUUCUGUCUCUCCAAUCCCAAUGAAUCCUAUUCCCACAUGUAAGGCCAUUUGUUAUUGGCAAUCUCCAUAUAGUGAAAAUUGUUAUAAACGGAAAACAGGCUGACUACUAUAAUGGAGUAAGAUGGCCAUUUAGUAAACAAACCACAAAGUGGGGGAAAUUGACUACAGAUUCUAGCUCAGCUCAAAACCUAAACAUACAUAUAGUUGUCCUAAAACUUUAUAUUCACUGGUCAAUUAAGUUGUAUGUAUAACCCUAUCUGUAAAUAAGACAACACUAAUACAUUCUGUAACAGUGUUGGGGUAUUCUGCCAAAUGAGCUAUUCUGAAAUGUGGUGAUUGGUGAAAACCCUGUAAGCAAAAUAUAAGAAUGUGCCCUUGAGGUGGUAUAUUCAGUGCAACAAAACCACAAAGUGCUUACCUGUAUAAUUUCAUCAUACAAUUCUUAGACUGCUCCAGCAAAAUCUUUUAACAUGGAGUUUUAAUUUAAAUAGGCACUUUUUCUUCUUUUGAGUUUGCAAAGCAGUAACUGUAAUUGUAGCUAAAACCAUUCUGCCAUGAAAUGCAUAUCUUAAAGUGACAGUGUGCAGAUUUUCAAGUGCUUGAGUUUCCAUUGCCUGGCUGAAUAUGUAAAACCCCAGAGGAUGGUUGAGAUGUCCUACCCAAUCCAAAGUCUUCAUUAUUUUCAGUAACUUGGUGAUCAUACGCUAACAAAUCUAGCAUUUGCAAAGAGGUCAGAGACUAAUUAAUGCGAUGACUUUGAAUUUUUACAUAUUGUUUGCAUAAUUAAAUCAUAAGAAGAGUGGUUCUCAAUCUGUUCUAGACCAACACUUUAAUGAGAACAAAAUCCCACAGUGACAUACUUAGGUUUAAUUAACUGGCAGAUAAGAAUUCCAUUUUUAAUGCACAAAAGAAAACCCCACAUUUUAAGAAUUGCAUUCAGCAUAUUACAUAUGAGUUAAAGGGAGCAAACCAUAGUCAACAGAACAACUACAGCUUAAGAUAGAUGAUGUAAUCAUUCUCUGCAGGCUUUUUGCUGAAAAGACAGCUUAUACAUAAUGACACAUCUAGUGGCCACUGGAGAUGCUUCCUGGGGCACUGGCAUUCAGUGUCUCUACCCUCUGUAUGGAAGCACUGAACUUUCCCCAUAAAGACAUUAAUUCAAUGCAUCUCUGAGGAGGUGCUGAUUGGCCAAGCUGGUAUUUGGCCCCACUCCAUCCUUGCCAAUUUCAGCCAUUGCAAUGCUUUCCCAUAGGGAAAUCUUAAAUUCUGAUAAGAUCACCAAUGAGGCGGAUCAGAGGCAGGGCCUGCACCGACAAACCCGUGCAGUGCUGGAUAUAAAGUAAGUUUUAACCCCUUUUAAGGAGUAUAAGACAGGGGCAAGCCAUCCAAAUAGUUGUUUUAACUUGUUUGUGUUCCUGAACCUAUAGUAUUCCUUUAAUGUAGUCAUUGCACACUGCUUGAAGACUAUUGUGAUACACACUCCAGGCCUAUUUUACAUAUGCACCCAUAACAGUUUUAGGAUUUUUGCUGGGCUAGUUUUGUGGACCAACUCCAAUCAAAAUCCCUCAAGCAGGCACUAGCUGUCUACAGCAUUAUCUGAAUCCCUAAUGCAAAAAGCAAAAAUCACAUUAUGCUAAAGUGAUUAAUGCUGACUGCACAGAAGAACCCCAUGAGGAGAGGAGGGAAUCAGGAGCAGACCAACCAGUACUGAUGGAGAUAAGGCAUUAAGAUAUGUAGUAGGAUAAGUUAUACUGAGUUUCUGCUGUAGAUACACUAGAGAGGGGACUAACGUAGAAACAGAACCUGAAAAAAAGGGAGUUAGAGAGGAUAUGAAUUACCAGUAGUAGGGACAUGUAUGUAUUUUCAAGGAACAGAAAGUAAACAGCAAGAGAACUGGAAUACUAAUUUAAGAGUAUACACGCAGGAGAUAUAUUAAGGCAGUCAAAUUUGUAAAGACAGUGACAUGACUGCUGGGGGUCCAGUGAUGGCAGCUAAAGUUGAAAUUUACUUACCUGAACCUGUCCCUCGUGGGCGCAGCCAUCUUUUUAGUGGGUCCUUUUCAUGCGUGGCAGUAUAGCAUUGAUGGCUAUGGAGGAUUCUACAAGACCACAGGUUCUUCCAUAGACAGAGCCAAUUUCCUGCAGCUGUCACCGAGGUCGGGAUUGACCCUGUACCUCAGACAGCUGUCGGGAUUGACCGUGUAGCUCCAACCGAAGGUCUACCAAAAGAAAAAUACAGAGACAAAGUAAUCUUUACUUUGUCUCAGUAUCUCGAGUCAGGGUUGGAAUUUCAGUGAAAUUCCCACACACCCAAAACAAAUAUUUCAUGAAGAUUCUAUCUUUAUCCAGUUGAACAGUGUCUCUUUAAGGAAAUGAUAAAAGAGAAUGUACUUUAAGAGGGAGUGAGGACAGCUUUAUAAAGCAGAUACAAGAAAAAUAUGUAGGAAACUGGUUUGAUUACAAUGGGAGACGCUCCUUUAAACAAGCUGGCACAUUAUGAUUUUUGACCAUCUAAAUAUAAUAACUAGUAUUUAUAUAGCACAUUUCUCCCAGUGGGAUUCAAAGCUCUUAUCAGCGCACGCUCUAGGAAUUAACCAAAUCGGCAGCUGAACAGUAAUAGAUGUUAUUAUACAUACAAUGCUUCAGAUUUAACCCCUUAAGGACGGAGCCAAAUGUACACGUUGUGAACAAAACAAAAUGUAAACAAAACCUGGCAUUUGCGCUACAUGUCUGUCCAACCGUAAUUCACCUCUUUCAUAUUAAAUACACCCACCCUUAUAUAUCAUUUUAUUCAGGGGAAACAGGGCUUUCAUUUAAUAUCAAAUAUUUAGCUAUGAAACAAUUUAAU